AUGCCUUAAAUGAAGAUGGCAGCCAGAAACUCCUCCAUGAUAGAAUUUAUCUUUGCAGGCUUAACAGACCAACCUGGACUCCAGAUCCCUCUCUUCUCCCUGUUUCUAAGUGUCUAUACCAUCACUGUGGUGGGGAACCUGGGCUUGAUUAUUUUGAUUGGACUGAACUCUCACCUGCACACACCCAUGUAUUUUUUCCUGUUCAACUUGUCCCUCAUAGAUUUUUGUUAUUCCACUGUUAUCACCCCCAAAAUGCUGAUGAGUUUUGUUUUGAGGAAGAACACCAUCUCCUAUGCAGGGUGUAUGACUCAGCUCUUUUUCUUUCUUUUCUUUGUUGUUUCUGAGUCCUUCCUCCUGUCAGCGAUGGCUUACGACCGCUAUGCGGCCAUCUGUAACCCGCUGGUGUAUUCUGUUUCCAUGUCUCCCCAGGUCUGCCUGCUCCUUCUGCUAGGUGUCUAUGGAAUGGGAUGUGCUGGGGCCAUGGCCCAUACAGCAUGUAUGGUCAAACUUACCUUCUGUAAGGACACAUUUGUCAAUCAUUACAUGUGUGACAUCCUUCCGCUUCUUGAGCAAUCUUGCACUAGCACCUAUGUGAAUGAGCUGGUUGUUUAUAUUGUUGUAGGCAUUGACAUCGGUGUGCCCACAAUUACCAUCUUCAUUUCUUAUGCCUGCAUCCUUUCUAGCAUUCUCCAUAUUCGCUCUGCGGAGGGAAGGUCCAAAGCCUUCAGCACGUGCAGCUCUCACAUCAUUGCAGUCUCUCUUUUCUUUGGAUCAGGAGCUUUCAUGUACCUCAAACCAUCUUCUCUUUUGCCUAUGAAUCAGGGGAAAGUGUCUUCUCUCUUCUAUACCACUGUGGUGCCCAUGAUCAACCCAUUAAUCUACAGUUUGAGGAACAAAGAUGUGAAAAUUGGUCUAAAGAAAAUUUUAAGUAAAAAAGUAUUCUCCUGA